AAACUUCUGAGGAAUUGAUCUCGGCUGGCGAAAAGAGCAGUGUCGACGGGUGGCACACUAUUCAGUUCUCGGGCGGUAAAAGGGCCCCAACCAAGUUUGCCCUCUCCCUUUUUUGGUCCCAAAAUAGCACGCACGUGAAAGUUUCUGAUGCUGCAGGUAAAGACAAUAGAACCCUUUUGAGACUCAGAACGGAUGUCGAAAAGUUGACACCACAGUAUAAAAAGGUUCUCGAGAAGCUUCCCCGGUGGUGUUCGCUCUUCGGGAAGUCGACAUCCCCACGCACAUUUGCAUUUGUGAGCAGUCUGCGGAUUUCUUUCUAG